GGCAGGACGGCCCGGCGCUGGGGUGAGCCCGGGACGGCUGGGCGAGGUGAGGAGCGCAGCCUGGGAGCGCUGCAACAUGGCCUCCUCCUCCUCCUCCUGCUCCUUCCCCUCGCGUUCCGCGGCACGGGGCGGCAGGGACCAGUCUGACACAAAUGCAAGUUACCUGAGAGCAGCUCGAGCUGGCAACUUGGAAAAGGCUCUUGACUACUUAAAAAAUGGAGUGGACAUCAACAUCUCAAAUCAGAAUGGGUUGAAUGCUCUCCAUCUGGCUUCCAAAGAAGGGCAUGUAGAGGUUGUCUCUGAGCUGAUCCAGCGAGGUGCCAGUGUGGAUGCAGCCACAAAGAAAGGAAACACAGCACUGCACAUAGCAUCCCUCGCUGGACAAGCCGAAGUCGUCAAAGUGCUGGUUACAAAUCGGGCCAAUGUCAAUGCACAGUCUCAGAAUGGCUUCACUCCAUUGUACAUGGCAGCCCAAGAAAACCACCUGGAGGUUGUUAAGUUUCUUCUUGACAAUGGUGCCAGUCAAAGCCUUGCCACAGAGGAUGGUUUCACACCUCUGGCAGUAGCUUUGCAGCAAGGCCAUGACCAGGUGGUUUCCCUGCUGCUGGAAAAUGACACCAAGGGGAAGGUUCGCCUGCCCGCCCUCCACAUCGCGGCUCGCAAGGACGACACCAAGGCGGCAGCUCUGCUCCUGCAGAACGACCACAACGCUGAUGUGGAGUCCAAGAGUGGGUUCACUCCCCUCCACAUAGCUGCUCACUAUGGGAAUAUCAAUGUAGCCACAUUGCUGUUAAAUCGGGGUGCUGCCGUGGACUUCACUGCAAGGAAUGAUAUCACACCGUUGCACGUUGCCUCAAAAAGGGGAAAUGCAAAUAUGGUCAAACUCCUACUUGAUCGAGGAGCUAAAAUUGAUGCCAAAACAAGGGAUGGGCUGACCCCCCUCCACUGUGGAGCAAGAAGUGGCCAUGAACAGGUUGUAGAAAUGCUGCUGGAUCGUGGUGCCCCUAUUCUUUCCAAAACCAAGAAUGGUUUGUCUCCAUUGCACAUGGCAACACAAGGGGAUCAUCUAAACUGUGUUCAGCUCCUGAUCCAGCACAACGUGCCUGUGGACGAUGUCACCAAUGACUACCUGACCGCGCUGCAUGUCGCUGCCCACUGUGGCCACUACAAAGUCGCCAAGGUUCUCUUGGACAAGAAAGCUAAUCCUAAUGCCAAAGCACUGAAUGGUUUUACACCUCUUCACAUUGCCUGCAAGAAGAACAGAAUAAAAGUAAUGGAACUUCUUCUAAAGCACGGUGCAUCAAUUCAAGCUGUAACUGAGUCGGGCCUAACUCCAAUCCAUGUUGCUGCCUUCAUGGGACAUGUAAAUAUUGUAUCACAGCUAAUGCAUCAUGGAGCAUCCCCCAACACGACCAAUGUGAGAGGAGAGACAGCGCUGCACAUGGCAGCCAGGGCUGGCCAGACCGAGGUCGUGCGGUACCUGGUGCAGAACGGAGCCCAGGUGGAGGCCAAAGCCAAGGAUGACCAAACCCCGCUGCACAUUUCUGCCCGCCUGGGCAAGGCAGACAUCGUGCAGCAGCUGCUGCAGCAGGGAGCAUCUCCCAAUGCAGCCACCACGUCAGGCUACACGCCCCUGCACCUCUCUGCUCGGGAAGGGCACGAAGAUGUAGCUUCUGUUCUUCUGGAUCAUGGUGCAUCUCUGUCUAUCAUCACCAAGAAAGGAUUCACUCCACUGCAUGUGGCUGCAAAGUACGGGAAAAUCGAGGUAGCCAACCUCCUGCUUCAGAAGAAUGCAUCUCCUGAUGCUUCUGGCAAGAGCGGUUUAACACCACUGCAUGUAGCUGCACACUACGAUAAUCAAAAGGUGGCCCUCCUCCUGUUGGACCAGGGAGCUUCGCCUCAUGCCUCUGCCAAGAAUGGUUACACGCCCCUGCACAUAGCUGCCAAGAAGAACCAGAUGGACAUAGCGACCACCCUGCUGGAGUACGGCGCCGACGCCAACGCCGUCACGCGGCAGGGCAUCGCCCCGCUGCACCUCGCCUCCCAGGACGGCCACGUGGACAUGGUGUCACUGCUCCUCUCCAGAAACGCCAACGUCAACCUCAGCAACAAGAGUGGACUGACGCCCCUCCACCUGGCUGCCCAAGAGGACAGGGUCAAUGUAGCUGAGGUUCUGGUUAACCAGGGAGCUGCUGUUGAUGCACAGACAAAGAUGGGAUACACUCCUUUGCACGUUGGCUGCCACUACGGAAACAUAAAAAUCGUGAACUUCCUUCUGCAGCAUUCUGCAAAAGUCAACGCCAAAACGAAGAACGGGUACACGCCGCUGCACCAGGCGGCGCAGCAGGGGCACACCCACAUCAUCAACGUCCUGCUCCAGCACGGCGCCGCGCCCAACGAGCUCACUGUGAAUGGAAACACUGCCCUCGCCAUUGCUAAGCGACUUGGCUACAUUUCAGUUGUUGACACGCUGAAGGUGGUGACAGAGGAGACCAUGACUACAAUUACUGUUACAGAAAAGCACAAAAUGAAUGUACCAGAAACCAUGAAUGAAGUUCUUGAUAUGUCUGAUGAUGAAGUUCGUAAAGCCAAUGCCCCUGAAAUACUCAGUGAUGCUGAAUAUUUGUCAGAUGUUGAAGAAGGUGAGGAUGCAAUGACAGGCGAUACAGACAAGUACCUGGGACCCCAGGAUCUGAAAGAGCUGGGAGAUGAUUCUCUGCCUGCUGAAGGAUACAUGGGCUUCAGCCUGGGAGCCCGCUCCGCCAGCCUCCGCUCCUUCAGUUCGGAUAGGUCCUACACGCUCAACAGGAGCUCCUAUGCCCGGGACAGCAUGAUGAUUGAGGAGCUGCUGGUGCCAGCCAAGGACCAGCACCUGACGUUUCAAAGGGAGUUUGAUUCUGAUUCCCUCAGGCACUAUAGCUGGGCUGCAGACACCUUGGACAAUGUUAACCUUGUUUCCAGUCCCAUCCAUUCUGGUUUCCUGGUUAGUUUCAUGGUGGAUGCCCGCGGGGGCUCCAUGAGGGGCAGUCGGCACCACGGCAUGCGGAUCAUCAUCCCGCCGCGGAAGUGCACGGCGCCCACGCGCAUCACCUGCCGCCUGGUCAAGAGGCACAAGCUGGCCAGCCCACCACCCAUGGUUGAAGGAGAAGGAUUGGCAAGUCGGCUUGUAGAGAUGGGGCCAGCAGGGGCACAGUUUUUAGGCCCUGUCAUAGUGGAAAUCCCACAUUUUGGAUCAAUGCGAGGCAAGGAACGAGAGCUGAUCGUACUCCGGAGUGAGAACGGUGAAACGUGGAAGGAGCACCAAUAUGACAGCAAACAUGAAGACUUAACUGAAAUACUUAAUGGCAUGGAUGAAGAGCUGGACAGUGCGGAGGAGCUGGAGAAGAAGCGGAUCUGCAGGAUCGUCACCAAGGAUUUCCCCCAGUACUUCGCCGUCGUUUCCCGGAUCAAGCAGGAGAGCAACCAGAUCGGGCCCGAGGGCGGCGUGCUGAGCAGCACCACGGUGCCACGGGUGCAGGCCGCCUUCCCCGAGGGGGCUCUGACCAAGAGGAUCCGCGUGGGGCUCCAGGCUCAACCAGUUCCAGAAGAGAUUGUCAAAAAAAUCCUUGGAAACAAAGCAACAUUCAGUCCCAUUGUCACUGUGGAGCCAAGAAGAAGAAAAUUCCAUAAGCCAAUAACCAUGACAAUUCCUGUGCCACCUCCAUCAGGAGAAGGAGUAACCAACGGGUACAAAGGAGACACGACUCCCAGCCUUCGACUCCUAUGUAGCAUUACAGGAGGCACUUCGCCCGCGCAGUGGGAGGAUAUCACCGGCACCACGCCGCUGACGUUUUCCAACGACUGCGUCUCCUUCACCACCAAUGUUUCUGCCAGAUUUUGGCUCGCAGACUGCCACCAAGUACUAGAGACUGUUGGGCUGGCAACACAGCUUUACAGAGAAUUGAUAUGUGUUCCUUACAUGGCAAAGUUUGUGAUAUUUGCCAAAAUGAAUGACCCCGUGGAAUCCAAUUUGCGCUGCUUCUGCAUGACUGACGACAAAGUGGACAAAACUUUGGAGCAACAAGAGAACUUUGAGGAAGUUGCCAGAAGCAAAGACAUUGAGGUUCUUGAAGGAAAACCUAUUUAUGUUGAUUGCUAUGGAAAUCUGGCCCCUUUGACUAAAGGAGGACAGCAACUUGUUUUUAAUUUUUAUGCUUUCAAAGAAAAUAGACUGCCAUUCUCUAUAAAGGUAAGAGACACCAGCCAGGAACCCUGUGGUCGAUUAUCAUUUUUGAAAGAACCAAAGACUACAAAAGGACUGCCACAAACAGCUGUUUGCAACUUGAAUAUCACUCUGCCAGCACACAAAAAGGAAACAGAGUCAGAUCAAGAUGAUGAGACGGAGAAGGCUGACCGGCGCCAGAACUUCGUCUCCCUUGCUUUACGUAAGCGCUACAGCUAUCUGACUGAGCCUGGAAUGAAAACAGUUGAACGGAGUGCAGGAGCAACAAGAUCCCUACCUGCUACUUACUCAUACAAGCCAUUCUUUUCAACACGGCCAUAUCAGUCAUGGACAACAGCUCCAAUUACAGUGCCUGGGCAAACCAAAUCAGGCUUCACUUCCUUAUCAAGCUCUUCCUCUAACACUCCUACAGCUUCCCCAUUAAAAUCAAUAUGGUCUGUUUCUUCUACUUCUCCAAUCAAAUCCACGUUAGGAGCUUCUACCACGUCUUCAGUUAAAUCUGUUAGUGAUGUAGCAUCUCCGAUUAGAUCGUUUCGGACAAUCUCUUCGCCAAUAAAAACUGUGGUCUCUCAGCCUCCCUACAACAUGCAGGUUACUUCAGGCUCAUUCAUCAGAGCUCCCGCAGUCACAGAAGCUGCCAGUCUCAAAGGGCUGGCCUCCACUACCACAUUCCCCUCUCGGACAUCUCCAGUGACUACAGCAGGAUCUCUCUUGGAGAGAUCAUCCAUAACCAUGACACCUCCAGCAUCCCCCAAAUCCAACAUUAACAUGUACUCUUCGAGCUUGCCGCUUAAAUCGGUCAUCACAUCAGCAUCCUCGCUUUUGUCGUCCCCUCUAAAGUCAGUGGUGUCACCUGCUAAGUCAGCAGUUGAUGCUGUUUCAUCCACUAAAGUCAUGAUGGCCUCGUCUCUCUCGUCGCCAGCAAAACAUGUAGCUGGACACACAGAUGUACCAUUGCUCAAUGGGUCUGUGUCACCUCUGAAAUACCCAUCUUCUGCCAACUUAAUAAACGGAUCCAAAGCUGCAGGUGUUUUUCAAGACAAGAUCUCUGCAGCUGCUCAUUCUGCAACUUGUGCUGCUAACGCAGUUGCUGACACGGCUGAGAGAGUGUUUUCAACAGCUACAACAAUGUCAUUUUCUCCACUCAGGUCAUUUGUGUCUUCAGCACCAUCAGCUUUCCAGUCAAUGAGAACUCCUCCCGCAGGUGCUUUGUACACAGCCCUUGGGUCAAUAUCUGCAACUACCUCAUCAGUAACUUCAUCAACAAUAACAGUGCCAGUAUAUUCUGUAGUCAAUGUUUUGUCUGAACCAGCAUUAAAGAAGCUCCCAGAGUCGUCUUCGCUUACAAAAUCAGCCGCUGCAUUACUGUCGCCUAUUAAAACAUUGACUACAGAGGCGCGCACGCAGCCUACCUUUACCCGAACUUCAUCUCCAAUAAAAUCAUCCUUGUUUUUAGCACCCUCUGCUCUCAAAUUGUCCACACCAUCUUCCUUAUCCUCCAGUCAGGAGAUACUGAAAGAUGUUGCUGAAAUGAAAGAGGAUCUGAUAAGAAUGACUGCAAUAUUGCAGACAGAUGUCGCAGAGGACAAGCCGUUCCAACCUGACAUACCAAAAGAGGGUAGAAUUGAUGAUGAAGAGCCCUUUAAAAUUGUUGAGAAAGUAAAAGAGGACUUAGUAAAAGUUAGUGAGAUUCUGAAAAAGGAUGUGUGUUUAGAAAGUAAAGGGUCGGCUAAAGUACCCAAAAGUGAUCAAGGACACCUGUCUGAGGAUGACUGGGUAGAGUUCAGUACAGAGGAGAUUGAUGAAGCGAGACAGCAAGCUUUGACAAGCCCUCCUAUAUCUGUUCCAGAGAAGGUCCAAAUUAAAACUAAAACCGUGUCGGAAAAGGAUUAUAGCUUGUCAAAAGUUAUUGAUUACUUAGCGAAUGAUAUCGGUAGCAGUUCAUUAACAAACAUAAAGUACAAGUUUGAAGAGGGGAAAAAAGAAGGUGAAGAGAGACAAAAGCGCAUUUUAAAACCAGCCAUCGCUUUGCAGGAACAUAAACUUAAAAUGCCUCCAGCUUCCAUGAGGCCUUCAACAUCGGAAAAGGAGUUAUGUAAAAUUGCAGACUCCUUUUUUGGAACAGACACUAUUUUAGAGUCUCCAGAUGACUUUUCUCAACAUGAUCAAGAUAAAAGUCCCUUGUCUGACAGUGGCUUUGAAACGAGGAGCGAAAAGACACCUUCUGCCCCACAAAGUGCUGAAAGCACAGGGCCAAAACCACUUUUCCACGAUGUGCCCAUCCCUCCCGUCAUUACAGAAACAAGAACUGAAGUAGUUCAUGUCAUCCGCAGCUACGAACCGUCUUCGGAAGACAUUCCAGAGCAGAAGGCAGAGGAGCUACCAGCCUCAAAACCUUCCCCUACGUUUAUGGAGCUGGAGCAAAAACCUUCUGGGUCCAUUAAAGAGAAGGUUAAAGCUUUUCAAAUGAAAGCCAGUGGCAGUGAAGAGGACGACCAUAAGUGCAUCCUUAGUAAAGGUGUCCGAGUAAAAGAAGAAACUCAUAUCACCACAACAACUAGGAUGGUUUAUCAUAAACCUCCGUGCACAGAAAGUACCUCUGAAAGAAUUGAGGAAACAAUGUCUGUUCAUGACAUAAUGAAAGCCUUUCAGUCUGGACGUGACCCUUCCAAAGAACUGGCAGGUCUGUUUGAACAUAAAUCAUCAGUAUCGUCCGAUGUUAGCAAGUCUGCUGAAACUUCACCACAACAUGCAGAGAAGGACAGCAAAAUGAAACCCAAACUGGAGCGAAUAAUAGAGGUCCAUAUUGAACAAGGUAAUCAGGCUGAACCUACUGAAGUCAUUAUUAGAGAAACAAAAAAGCAUCCAGAAAAAGAAAUGUAUGUGUAUCAGAAAGACUUACCUCGGGGAGAUAUUAACUUAAAAGAGUUGGAAAAACAUGAUGCUUUUCCUUGUUCAGACGAACAAGGUCAGCAAGAAGAAGAGGAGCUCACGGCCGAAGAGUCACUUCCUUCUUACCUGGAAUCCUCUAGAGUUAACACUCCCGUGUCCCAGGAAGAAGACAGUCGCCCUAGUUCUGCUCAACUCAUGUCUGAUGACUCUUACAAAACACUGAAGCUUUUGAGUCAGCACUCAGUAGAAUACCAUGAUGAUGAGUUGUCAGAACUAAGAGGGGAGUCUUACAGGUUUGCUGAGAAAAUGCUUCUUUCAGAAAAGCUAGAUGUGUCUCAUUCUGAUACUGAGGAGUCAGUUACUGACCAUGCUCUACCCCUUAGUGCAGAGUUACAGGGGACUGAUAAACGAUGCAGAGAAAAAGUAGCUACUGCCCCCAAAAAAGAGAUUCUCUCCAAAAUCUAUAAAGAUGUAUCUGAAAAUGGUGUAGGUAAAAUGUCUAAGGAGGAUCAUUAUGAUAAAGUGACAGUGUUACACUACACUGGAGAUGUUAGUAGUCACAAACAUGCAAUGUGGAUGCGCUUUACUGAGGACAGAUUAGACAGAGGUAGAGAAAAGUUGAUAUAUGAAGACAGGGUGGACAGGACUGUUAAAGAGGCAGAAGAAAAACUGACUGAAGUAUCCCAGUUUUUUCGGGAUAAAACAGAGAAGUUGAAUGAUGAGCUACAGUCUCCAGAGAAAAAGCAGCAUAAAAAAAAUGGCAAGGAAAUACAUUCUAGCCAGAGCUCUGCCAGCAGCAGCCCCGAGAAAGUUCUGCUCUCUGAAUUGCCAUCAUCUGGGGAUGAAUGGAGUAAGGUGAAGCAGUAUGCACAUGAUGGGAAGUGCUUUCCCAAGGUGGAUGAAAGGAAAGCAUCCAGUUUGCCCAGCAGUCCUGAAAAAAGGAUAUAUGUGCAACCUGCAGAGGACUCUAAAAGAACUAUGGAACACAAAGGAAGUGCUCAGCAGACUGGAGUGCCUGAGACUGGAUUUCAGCUGAAGCAAUCAAAGCUCAGUUCCAUUAGGCUUAAAUUUGAGCAAGGUAUAAGUCCCAGAAGUAAGGACGUAACUCAAGAAGAAAAAAAGCUGGAUGGUCAGUCCAAAAUUCCAGUUAAAAAAUUGCAAGAAAGUAAGUUACCAGUGUAUCAGUCCUAUUCAAGAGAGAAACACGCAAAGCAAAUAGAGGUCAUUGAUGGGAGCACAGCUUUACAGAAAGAGGUGAAAAUACAGGAAGACCUUCUUCCAGGUAAAGGGAAAGCUGUGGAAGACUCUCGUGCUUCAGACACACAAAGAACUGAGAUGAGGAAAGGCGUGCCAGAAUGCAUUUCAGAACCACGGGCCAAAGACCUGGCAUAUGGCUCAGACUCAACAACGAAGGGACACUGGGACAAAAAAAUCUAUAGGACAUGGGAAAGUCCUGGAACUUCUAAUCAUAAAACACAGAAGGAAAAGCUUUCACAUGUGCUGGUUCCAGAUACAGUAAAAGAAAACCAUGUUGAUCAUGCUGAAUCUAAAACUGAUGAAAAAAGUGAAUUUAUCACUGUGACAGAGCACAAAGUGGCCUCAAAUGGAAUCCAUUCAGAAGAAGUAAAGGAAGUGACUGUAAAAUCCCCCUCAAAAAGGGUUUUAUACAGAGAAUUUGUUGUCAGGGAUGGGGAACAAAAUGGUGAAGUGGCUGAUAAAAUAUCCAAAAGGAAAGAAGAAAUUGCUGUGUCCCAUAUUCCAGUCAGAAUUGUUGAGGAGAAGAGAGCCAUGCUUGAUGGUGUCUAUGAACUUUCAGCUAAAGUAUCCCAAUCAGCUGUGAUUCAGGAGAAAGUUGAAAGGCAGAUUGAUUAUGUGGAAGAUGAGAAAAUAAUGCAUUCAGAAAUCAGAAAAGUUACCAAGCAGCAGAGCUCAAUAGGUCUAAGUCCUCCUGCUGAGGAAACAGAGCUAUCCCCUAGCAAAUCACCAGAUUCUUUAGAAUGUAGCCCAGGAAAGGAAUUUCCUUCAAGUGACAUAGCUGACACCGGUGCCAGUGAUUACUUGAAUAAAGCUGCACCGCUAGUGAGCACUGAGGGAGUAAAAGAAAUUAAGACCUUACCUGUUUAUGUCAGUUUUGUUCAAGUAGGAAAGCAAUAUGAGAAAGAGGUGCAACAAGGUAGUAUUAAAAAAAUUGUCAGUCAGGAAAGUAAGACAGUACAAGAGACGAGGGGGACAUUUUAUACAGCUAGGCAGCAAAAACAACCUCCUUCUCCACAAGGUAGUCCAGAAGAUGACACGCUAGAACAAGUGUCCUUUAUAGACAGCUCUGGUAAAAGCCCUUUGACGCCAGAAACACCGAGUUCAGAGGAAGUGAGUUACGAGUUUACAUCUAAAACACCUGACUCACUAAUAGCUUAUAUCCCAGGCAAGCCCAGCCCUAUACCUGAGGUGUCUGAGGAGUCAGAGGAGGAAGCAGAGGCUAAGUCAACAUCUGUGAAACAGGCAGAGGUUGAGGAACCACAGAUUGACAAAACAUUACCUAAUCUUAUAAAUAAGGACUCUAACAAAAGACCCAAAGGUAACAGAGUUGCCUAUAUUGAAUUCCCUCCUCCUCCACCACUGGAUGCAGAUCAAGGUGAAUCAGAAAAGAAGUCUCAUUAUUCCACUGAGAGUGAAAUGGAGAUGACUGAGGUGAACUUGCAAGACGAACACGACAAGUGCCAGCUGGCUGAACCUGUCAUCAGAGUACAGCCACCUUCUCCUGUGCCACCCGGAGCAGAUGUCAGUGACUCCAGCGAUGAUGAAUCCCUCUAUCAACCCGUUCCACUUAAAAAGUAUACGUUCAAACUGAAAGAGCUGGAAGAUGACCAGAAAGAGACCUCAAAACCCAAAGCCCCUGAAAAGAUUGAGAAACAGAAAGAGUUAGGACAUCCCACUUCUGGGAAACCCAAUGAGUUUGACAAUGGGGUUGAUUCACCCCAGAAUGAUGUAGUGCAAAAUGGGAGUAACAAUGACCAGUCUGUCACAGAGUGUUCCAUAGCAACCACUGCAGAAUUCUCCCAUGAUACCGAUGCGACAGAGAUUGACUCUCUGGACGGUUAUGAUUUGCAAGAUGAAGAUGAUGGUUUAACUGAGAGUGAUUCUAAACUUGCAGGUCCGGCAGUUGAAACCAAAAAGGACGUAUGGACUACAGAAGGCAUUCUAAAGCAGACUGAUCGCUGCUUUAGCCAGAGUAAGCUUGAAGUCAUUGAGGAGGAAGGCAAGGUAGGCCCUGAAGAAGACAAGACACCUUCCAAAGGUCCAUCUUCUGACAAAGCUGGAGAUAAGAGCGAUAAGAAGUCAGGGGCACAGUUUUUCUCUUUGGAAGGCAGACACCCUGACAGGACUGUAUUUCCUGACUCGUAUUUCAGUUACAAAGUAGACGAAGAAUUCGCAACACCUUUCAAAACUGUGGCCACCAAGAGUCUAGAUUUUGACCCGUGGUCGAAUAACCGAGGUGAUGAUGAAGUGUUUGAGACUAAAUCAAGGGAGGAUGAGGCUAAGCCAUUUGGCCUGGCAGUGGAAGACAGAUCUCAAGCAACAACACCUGACACAACACCAGCCAGAACUCCAACAGAUGAGAGUACGCCAACUAGCGAGCCCAACCCCUUCCCAUUUCAUGAGGGGAAGAUGUUUGAGAUGACUCGCAGUGGUGCAAUUGACAUGAGCAAGAGGGAUUUUGUUGAAGAAAGACUCCAAUUUUUUCAGAUUGGUCCACAGAGUCCAUGUGAACGGACAGAUAUAAGGAUGGCAAUUGUAGCUGAUCACCUAGGACUUAGCUGGACAGAACUGGCAAGAGAACUGAAUUUUUCUGUGGAUGAAAUAAAUCAAAUCCGAGUAGAAAACCCAAAUUCUCUUAUUGCUCAAAGCUUCAUGUUAUUAAAAAAAUGGGUUACCAGAGAUGGGAAAAAUGCUACAACUGAUGCCUUAACUUCUGUAUUGACAAAAAUUAAUCGAAUAGAUAUCGUGACCCUGUUGGAAGGACCAAUAUUUGAUUAUGGAAAUAUUUCAGGCACCAGAAGUUUUGCAGAUGAAAAUAACGUAUUUCAUGAUCCCAUUGAUGGUUAUCCCUCCAUCCAAGUGGAACUGGAAACUCCCACUGGGUUGCGCUUCGUGCCGCCCACCCCUUUGCACCAGGACGAUUUCCUUAGCGACACCUCUAGCCUAGAGUCACCCCUUAGAACUCCCAGUAGACUGAGUGACGUGUUAGUGACCUCCCAGGGACACGUAGAUGGUACAGCAGCAGCCCCGCCAGUGGUGACUGAAGAGGACACUUCACUGGAUGACAGCAAAGUUGAUUUCUCAGAGCCUAGAGAAGGAACUCCUAAAGAUAUUUCCGUAGGCGAGAGCCAGUUGGAGGAAGUGGACCUUAAAGAUUUUCCGCGGUAUCUCGGUAGUUAUGGCGGGAUAUCCAAAGAUGCUAAACAAAGGCAGAGUGAAGAGACUAGUAAAAGAGGAGUGAGGACUGAACAGCCUGAGAGAGAAAAGUCUGGUACUGAUGAGGAGAUGACGGCAGAAAAGUUUAAGUCUCUGUUUGAGGACAUUCAUCUGGAAGAAGGAGCUGAGUCUGAGGAGAUGACGGAAGAAAGAGUAUGGUCAAUUCUUAGAGGUGUUCAACAAGCAGAACGCGAAAUGUCUUCAAUUACAGGUUGGCAGCCUGACUCCUCCAGCGUCUCCGAGGCGCCGACGUCGGGGCGCAGGAUAGGUGGCAGCCUGCUGGAUCGCCUGGACGAGAGUUCGGACCAAUGUCGGGAUUCUGUUACCUCAUAUGUCAAAGGAGAAGCAGGGAAGCCAGAAACAAAUGGAAGCCUAUCCGAGUCCACAUCAGAGGCAAAAACUAAAUCCUACAUCCAGGAAGCUUUAAAUGAUGUGGGAAAACACAAUGACAAAGAAGCCCUGAAAACAAAGUCCCAGAUCUCAGCUUCUACUGAUGAGCAAACAUUAUCAUCAACAGCGUAUCAGAAAUCUUUGGAAGAGACCAGCAAGCCAGCAACAGAAGGCAGCAAAACAUCUGUGCCUGUCAGUGUGAAGAAGAUGGGCUGGAGUACUUCUGAGGAUGGCAAGCCAAGAACAAGCAUCCAAGAGGAGGAGGGAGCAGUAAUGUCUGAACAGAAGGAGUGUAGUGACAGUGACAGUGAGAUUGAGAGUGACUCAAGCUCAGGUGAAGAGCAGAGAAUUACCACGAGGGUUUACCGGCGGCGGUUGAUUCUGAAGGGUGAGGAAGCAAAAAACAUUCCUGGUGAAUCUGUAACAGAGGAACAGUUUACCGAUGAAGAAGGCAACGUCAUCACGAGAAAAAUCACCCGGAAGGUAGUAAGACGUAUUGUUAUCCCCCAUGAGAGGAAACUUGGUGAAAUGCAGGGAGAAGCUUAUAAGGUUAAGACAAAGAAAGAAGUCAGACACGUGGAGAAGAAAAGUUACUCAUGAAAGCUGAAAGCCAACCACUGAACGUGUGCUUUUACUGCCAGUAUUCUAGAGGGACACUCACGGAAGAAAAAUCAACAGGAAUUAAACAUUCACCUAUAAAAGUGUGCGUGUGUUUGCUGCUUCCCCACAUUAACCGCAUGGUUUUUAUGCAAAAAGAAAAAAAAAACAAACAAAAAAAAUCCCAAACAAAAAAAUUAAUUUAGCAUGAGCCAAUUUACAGAGCAUGGAAAUUCACGUUCAUUCACAGGAUUGGAGGGUGCUCAGUUACCAAUGCAGUGUAUAUACAAGAUGCCAUGCUGUUAACAGCUUCUCUCAAGCAGUUUGAUGUCAUCUCAAAAUAAAUAAAUUCCUGUGGCCAGAGAGGAUGUGCGAAGACGAAAUGGUUAAACCAUGGAAAGACACUAAAAAUACUAAAAUCCACAACAGCUCGCCUUAUUUUUCUUGGACCCAAACUGUCAGGGUAUAAAACACUAUUUGUUUCUUUUUUAAACAUCAAUAGUUUUGCUGUAAAUAAAUAACACUGUAUAAAUUCUAACAAAAUAGAAUAAGUGUUGAUAAGGCACUGCCUUUUCGAUCACAAACAGAAUAUUGCAAAUGCAUUGAGCAGGCUAGGUGUCUCAAAUGGCUGCACCUACAGGGAUAUUCUGGGUGUAUCUUCACAGAUUCUUGUAUAUUAGCAAUUAUAAUGUUUGUAUAUGCAAAAUCGCUAGCUUGAUUUUAAAAAAAUCUUUAAAAUCUGCUGCAAAUUUAAAUGAUUCCCAAAAUGAGGAAUUCUGUAGUUCUGUGAAAAUUUUUCUUCAGAGUACUAAUAUUUUGAUGCAUGUGUUUCACCUUAUUUUGAUUAAAUCUUUUCCAGUUUUGCAAACACUAUUCCGCAACAUGAAAAAUAAGAUUUUAUCUGUAAACACAAAGCCCUUCAUCUAAUAUUUGUUGCUGUUGCCAAUUUUUCAAUGAAAUGACCUAAGACCCAUAACAUACACAGUAGUUGCAUUAUGGGGAGGGGGGUGCUAUCUGUUCUUGCUUUAUAAUGGGGGUAAUGCUUGCAGCUUUAGAAGUGGGUUGGUGCUCUAAGGAGCACAAGUUUGGGAUAUUUUUAAAUGAACUGAAGAGAAAUUAUUAGCUAAUAGACUGGCAGCACGCUGUAAAAUUAUUACUGUAUUGUGUACUGGCUAUAAGAUGUAGAAUCUUUCAGUAAGCCAAUCAUCUGUAAUCAUCCUAGCAGUGUAAUAUUAGGUUGUUAAGGCUGCUGUGUUUUAAAGGGCAUUUUUAUUUGGUUUUUGGUGAAAUACUUUAAUUUGUUGAUUAUAUUCAUAUGGAAACAGCAUUCAUUGAUAAUAGCUCUAAUUACAUAUGUAUGAAAACAACAAACACUGGAUGAUCUAGUUGAUUAUUUAAGCAUAAAAUAAAUUGUGUUAAAACUCUUGGAUAA